AUGCUGGUCCUGAAAGAGCGUGAUGUGCACUCUUUGCUUUCCAACAUCUCCGUCUCGGAAUGUCAUCGUCUGCUUAGCAACUUGCACGAUAUUCUCCGUGCAUACUCCUCGACGAAGAAUGCCCCUCAAUCCGAGCAAAUGAUCCAUCAACCGGAGAGGGAGUCAAUCGUUACACGAAUCGGCAACACCUCGUUGUUCAUGCCAUCUUCCAUCACAACCUCCACGGGCAUUAAGACCGUCACCAUUAGUCCCAAGGGGUUGAAAGGAUGCAUCAAUGUCUUCGCGCCAGACGGGGAAUUGUUAGGUGUCUUGAAUGCUGAAGAAGUCACUGCAUUCCGGACCUCGCUAGCUGUCAUGAUCCCUUACGUUCGAUGGCCGAAUAUCAAGAGGAACCUCGUGAUCUUUGGAGCUGGUCGGCAAGCAGAAUGGCACUUGAAACUUGCCCUUUUGCUAAGCGACGUGAAGCAUGUCACCGUCGUCAACAGGAGCAGUCCCCGGAGGAUGGAGAGGCUCUUCGCAGACCUGCAGCAAAAGAAUGCCGACCUUGUCUGCCGGGUGCUUCUGAAGACGGCCGAGACUUUCGAUUCGCAGCUACGAGAAUGUCUUAUGGCUUCGGAUAUCAUCUUCUGCUGCACCCCGUCUGUAACACCGCAUUUCUCAUUCAGCUAUCUUGACAAGAAGCCUCGGUUCAUUUCUCUGAUAGGAUCCUACAAGCCGUCAAUGCAGGAGAUUGAUUCCGAAACUCUCUUGUCCGCUGAACGCAUCUAUGUGGAUACAAAAGAAGGAUGCCUUGUUGAAGCGGGAGAACUAAUCAAGGCUAAUGUCAAGGGAGAUGAGCUGAUUGAGAUUGGGGAAUUACAGGACAACGAAAGCCUAAAGACUGGAGGGAACCUCAUCUUCAAGUGCGUGGGCAUGGGUAUCAUGGACUUAGUCAUGGCAGGGAAUCUGCUUGAGAUGGCUCGAGAGAAAGGUAUGGGCUUGACUGUCGACGAGUUCUGA